GUGUGUUCACAUCUAUUGUGACUGUGACAUUCCUUACAAUUCAUAUCAUUUCCACAAGUACUUUAUUAAAUUUAAUUUUAUCAAUUAAACGAAUAUUUUAAAAUGCAUGGAAGGUUAAAGGUUCGAACAACUGAAGAGCAGAAGCUCAUCAAGGAGAAAAAGCAGCAGGAGAAACUCAAGGCGUAUCGGCAAGGAUUCCAGCAGAUUUUAUCCACCAGGCAUGAAGUGCCUUACAACCAAACGAGUUUUGCUAUUUGCUCCCAACUUCUGAUUGCAAACCCUGACAUUUCCACUUUGUGGAAUUAUCGCAAGGAGGUCAUUUUGCAGGAGAUUGAAACCAGUGAUAAAAGUAAUGAAGAAGAGUUAGGAAAGUUCAUGACCAGUGAAAUCAAAUUAACAGAGCAAUGUCUUCUGGCAAAUCCGAAGUCGUACGGAUCGUGGUAUCACCGAUUCUGGGUAUUGGAUCGUCAUCCUAAGCCGGACUGGAACGGCGAAUUCGCAUUGUGCUCCCUAUACCUCAUGAAGGACGACAGGAAUUUUCAUUGUUGGGAUUACAGGCGACUGAUUCUCGAGAAAAUCGGAAUCGAUCUCGAUGCCGAACGGAAGUUUUCCACUGAACGUAUUAACAUUAAUUUCUCGAAUUACUCGUCGUGGCAUUAUAGGAGCACUUUGAAGCAAUUGAAUCAGGAAUCGCUCGACGAGGAAAUCAAUUUAGUGCAAAACGCUGUGUUCACUGAUCCGGCCGAUAGCAGCGCGUGGUUCUACUUGCGAUGGAUCCUGAGCAGUCAGGAUGUAACAAAAAAGCACAAAGAAGACAUGCUCUGUAAGCUGGAGUCCUUGCAGGAGCUCGACCCCGAUUGCAAAUGGAUUUACAUUGCUAAAAGUUGGUUAACCAAAGGUGUUCGUGAUGGGAACAGCGUGGCUGCGGAUGGUGACUGUUUCAGAACGUUGAUCCAAAUCGAUCCGCUUAGGAAAGGGCACUACAACGAUUGUUUGAACAAUAUUGAUUAGCAUCAAUUCAUUAUUUGUUAGUUUCGUAUGCGGAUUUUUAUUUGGAAAUCAAAGCGAUAUUCGCGUGCUUUUUCAUCGGCGAUCUGCACGCGUGUAUUUGUUUUCCUGUUGUAUAGUUUGUGUAACAAAUAUCCACAUUUUGUUCCAUGUCCGUUGUAUAUGCACAGAAUAAAAUGCUUUUUGUGCGUUUUAUUUGAAUCGGAUACAAAGCAUUUUUUUUUUUUUUUACAAAAAUCAAACAUUUGUUUAUUCCUUGUUUGUUUUCACCAAAUUAAAUGUGUUUAGGGCUCAAUUGUU